AAGUAUCUAUAAUAAAAAUCCUCUUAAUAAAUAUCAAAUUAUCUUAAAUUAUUAUUUCAACUUUAUUACAGCCAAGCGCAAAAAUCCGACUGCUGUCUUCUUCUUAAGCAGGCUCGGCCUCAUUCUCCAGGUCUCAGCCCACUUCCCUUCAAGCUUGGCGACUGAGAGAGAGAAAGAGAUCAAGCUUGGCGACUGAGAGAGAGACAGAGAUGGGAGAGGUAGAUAGAAGGAAGCCGAAAGUGGUGAUAGUCGGAGCCGGAAUGGCUGGCCUCGCCGCUGCGAGGCGGCUACAUGUUUGCACCGGCGAUCUCCUCGACGUAGUUGUUGUGGAGGCCGGCGACCGUAUCGGCGGCCGUAUCUUCACCUCUGAGUUCGCCAGCGCUCGAGUCGAGAUGGGUGCCACGUGGAUUCACGGCAUUGAAGGAAGCCCAAUCUACGACGUCGCCAGGAAGGCUGGUGCUCUAAUUCCGAACCAACGCGGGGACGACGGCGAAACCCAGUUCCCAUGGGAACGCAUGGAUGGCUUUCCUUCUGAUGCUCUCACCCUAGCCGAGGGCGGCCAAGCUUUGGAUCCCGCCCUUCUCCGCCGCAUCUCGGCCCUCUUCUCCCACCUUAAAUCUCUGAUCGUCUCCGGCGAGAUUUCGGACGAUAAGGAAAUCAUUAGCGUCGGCGCGUUCCUCCGUAGCGGAUUCGAAUCAUACCGAGCCGCGAACGGCGGCGAUUGGAUGGAGGAGGCGGCGUUUGCGAUGCACGAGUGCGGGGAGAGGGAGUACACGGCGGUGGACGAUCUGUACACGCUCGAUCUCGCGGCUGAAGAGGAGUACAUGGAGUUUCCUGGCGAGCAUAUCACGUUGCCCGGCGGUUACUCCCGAGUCCCCGAGUUCAUCGCUGCCGCGCUCCCUCCCGGCACGAUCCGUCUUGGCCGUAGCGUCUCCCGCGUCGAAUGGCGGCUCUCCGGCGACCAUGGGGUGAAACUCCACUUCGAUGACGGCGAAGUUGAGCUCGCCGAUCACGCGAUCGUUACCGUCUCUCUCGGCGUCCUCAAGGCGGGGAUAAAUGGCGCCGGCGGGCUUGUGUUCUCGCCAUUCCUUCCGGAGGCAAAGCGAGGCGCCAUCGAGCGGCUAGGGUUUGGCCUAGUAGACAAGCUUUUCAUGGAGAUCGAAGGAGGAAUAGGUAAGGUGAAAUCCCCGUUUCCCUUUCUCCGGAUGGCGUUCGAUCCGGGGAGGCACGUGGCCGAAAUCCCCUGGUGGAUGAGGAGGACGGAUUCCAUCUGCCCCAUCUAUGGCGGAUCGCACGUGCUCCUCGCAUGGUUCGUCGGCCGGGAAGCGGCUGAGAUCGAGAAAUUAAACGACGAAGACAUCAUCCACGGCGUUCACGCCACACUCGCCGGAUUCAAAUUGCCCGCCGGCGAUUUCGGGAGGAUCUCGAAGGUGAGGCGAAGCAGCUGGGGGAGGAACCCACGGUUCUUGGGGUCCUACAGCUACGUGGCCGUCGGAUCGAGCGGGGACGAUCAGGAUGCGCUCGCGGAUCCGGUGGAUGCCUCGCUCCAGAUACUGUUCGCUGGGGAGGCCACGCACAGAACACGGUACGCGACCACUCACGGCGCAUAUCUCAGCGGAGUCAGGGAGGCCGACCGCUUGGUUCGACACUACGGUUUCCAAGGCUACGGAUCGUAGUUUGAGGCUGACCGAGCUGGCCAGGCCAGCUCAAUGAUUAAUCAAUUAGUAUACUUAAUGAAGGGAGGGUUAAAUAUGCAGAGGCUGGGGUGUGAGGGUAUAGUAGAUACAAGCGUACACUUUGGUGGCAUUUUGUAAUUUAGCGGGGACUGGAGGGAUAAAAAAGGACCAGAAGGUGGUCCAAGCUAUGGGCUGGCCUUGUCCCAAAAAAAGGUUUUUUUUUUUUUGUUUUGUUUUUUGCUGGUCUUUAUAUUUAUGUUUGUCAUUUUGGAUUCUUUAA